AUGAUUAAAAAAAACGUUUUGAUUUGUAAGAAAAUUUCGCACUUCCAAUUUAGAAAAAUAAAUAGAUUUUUAGAAUUUAUAUAAGUAAUGAUUAUAAUUUAAUUAAUGAACCUUAAAAAUAUCCAAAUGCUGAAUUUCAAAAUUUCGAUUAAGAAAAUAAUUAAAAAAAUGAGUAUUAAUGGUAAUUAAAAAUAUACGGGCAUUUAUUAUCAUAAAAUAAAAAUAACGCAGCUAAUUUUACUACUCAAAAAUAAGUUUUUUCAAACUUCUUUUCUAAAGUUUAUAUUGAAUUAGGAAAUUAAACCAUUUAAAGCUAAUAAGGAGGAGUAAAUCCUGACGUUUUUAUCUGGCGUAAGUAAGAUAAAUAAGAUUGUGAAGGAAUAAUAGUGAGAAAGUAAAGUAGUCAAGAAACAGUAGCUGUUCUUCAUUUUUAUUAAUACUAUUGCCCUUUAAAAUUUAAAGUUGAUUAGAAAUUAGCAUAGGUUAUUGGAUAUGAUUAAUGUAGUAGAAGCACAGCUUUAAGUGCUGUUUGGGAAUAUAUAAAACUUAAAAAUCUUUAGGAUAAUGAAAAUAAAAGCGAAAUAAAUUGUGACGAACUUUUAAAAAAUCUUUUCUUAUAAGAUAAAAUUAAUAUUGGAUAAAUAACAGGAAAAAUUAGAUAAUACCUUCAUCCUCCAUCACCUAUAACAAUUAAAUAUUUAGUUAAAUUGAGUGGAACUCCUGAAUAAAAUGAAAAAGUUUUUGAUUUUAUUGUUGAUGUAGAUAGUUAGUUAGGGACUGAAAUUUUCCCUUUCUUUUCAUAAAAAGUAGUUUUACAAGAAAAAAAAGAAACUCCAAAACAUCCUUUUAUGACUUUGAAUUAAUAAAUAAAAGAUUUGGACAAAUAAAUAUAAGAAAAUUUUGACAAAAUAAAAAGCCAUAAAUUUAAAAGAGAUUCGUAUAAUGCUUAUACUUUAAAUCCUUCCCUUUUUAUAGAAAAUAUGAUUUUACAACAGAACAUUUUACUCUAAAUUAUGAAAGAAGAUUAGUAAGCAAUUAUAGAAGAUCCUAAAACAUUAUAAUAUUUAGUUGAUAAUUAAGAUAUUGUCGAGAGAGAAAUUAGAAGAUAUGUAGAAUAAAUUGAUAAUGAAAAUGCAGAAAAAUAGUUUAACAAAGAAUAGGAAUGCUUAUAACAACAGUAAUUAUAAUAAAGUCAAUCAAAAUAAGAAGAAAAUUAAAAAAAUAUUA